CGCAGCACACGCUGUUCUCAGCAACGACCAACAUGACAGACACAGAAGCCCAGGAUCAGGAGCAGUCGCCCGAAAAGCCUGCCGUCAAGGAGGAGAAGGAGAAGAGAACAUCGCGUGCAUGUCUUGCCUGCCGCGCGCGCAAAAGUUCUUGCAAGCUACCGAAAACAGAGGACGGAAAACUGACUACGCCAUGCGCUCGCUGCAAAGCAUCGGGACUCGAAUGCGUCAUCGGCUCUUCCAACAGAGGCGGCCGCCGUGUUCGCAAGAGAACUCUUGACCAAGCCGGCCUCGCCAACAAUAACGUUCAGCAGCCGAGAGAGUCGCCAGCUAUCAGUGGCGCCAGUGUUCACUUCACGCCUGAUACACUGUCGUCAGGCCAGACCCAUACAGGAUGGCCUCAGUCAGAUUAUGGGCCCGCCAUACCACAGUCUGGAACAGGCAUGGGGGCUGAUCUCAAUCCGCCUGCCCCUGAUGCCAUCAUGCUCGAUCCAGCACUGCAAGCGGCAGAUGCGAAUGCGCGUGAGUCUCUGCUCACUAACCCAGCCACACGAGAGAGCUCGAUUGGGACAUCAGGCAACAUCGCUUUCAAUGAUUUGCAAAAUCCGAGCGAUGCCCUUGGGAUACUAGCACAGAUCGCCAGCAAUGGAGAAUACAAUUCAGGCUACGGCUCUUCGCAGUAUACAACGACUACUACCAUUUCAGCACAACUGGAGUACCCUCUUGUACGAGAAGGACGGUUAUCGAUGAGCAGAAUUCUUCAGCUUUUGCAAAGAUACAAGUACUACUACCAUCCAUACUUUCCGAUCGUGCCUGCGGCAACUUUGGACGCUGCAAAUCUGAGCAGGACUGCGCGAGAAGAACCACAUCUUCUCACUGCUAUUCUGGUGAUCGCUUCACGAGAUCUCACCGAUGAGCCCAACAUAUUCAUAUCCUGCUCCGAACACAUGCGAGCGUUGGUCUCAGCACUUGCAGCUGGAGGUUCUGGUCAAGUGGAGGCUGUCGAAGCACUUCUGGUCCUUGCAGAAUGGACGCCAUACACUUCCCGGUCAGACGCUGGCCAUGUCGGCCGCGGAGAAGAAGAUCGCGAAGCUUGGAUGCAUGUUGGAAUGGCUCUACGGAUCGGGUAUUUCCUGGGCCUGGACCGAUACUCAUUUCAUGUGCGUGGUGACGACGUGAAGGAUCCGCAGUGGCAGCGGAAGCGACUUGUCUGGACAGCUUGUUACAUCAGUGACAGGCAGAUCAGUAUCCGCCUUGGUCGAGCCUUCUGGUCUCGAGGCCCAGGACCUUUGACCACUCUGUCGAAGGCAGACUUUCCCAUGCUUGCACCUGCCGGACCAGGAGAUGAGGACUAUGCAAGUAUCUUCCAAGCCACGCUGGAGCUGACUUUGCUGUUUUCCAAUGUCCAUGAUGUCUUGUACUCAAAUCCUGGGAAUAGCGUCCGUAGCCACCUCAGUGGAGGCUACAUCAAGUACAUUGACGACUUCAGGAGCGCGAUAUACGGGUGGAAAAGUGUAUGGGGCACAUUGACCUGCUCGGCGCACCUCAAGGCCACACUACUGAUCUCGUACGACUAUCUACGGCUUUACACUAAUGCAUUUGCUUUCCACGCAACUGUGAAACGAGCUCUACCGCAAGCCCAGCAGAACCCGGAACCCCGAAGAUCGACGAGCACAGCGCCGGGUCGCGUGUUCUACAAUAAUGUCGGUGCAGUCGGCGACGCUCGCUUCAUCUAUGAGGGCCUAGAUGCUGCCAAGAGUCUUCUCAGCAUGAUGAAUACUUUUGUUGAUCCGGAAAAGUCUCUCCGUUACAUGCCUUUGAGAUUCUAUCUUUAUUCGAUCUACGCCGGUGUCUUUCUGUACAGAGCGAGAUGUGUCGGGGUUCUCUCAGCAGAUGAGGAGCAGUCAGUACGUGCAAUGGUCAAGGAGACUGUCAGCAGACUGGAGAGAUCCGCAAUGGGUAUACAGCACCCCGGCAACCGGUACUCUCAGCUAUUGCGAUUGCUCUGGGAUAAAGUCGAAAAGAAGGAGCACCGCAGGACGCAAUCUACCGCGACUCUGCAGAAUCCCUAUCGACCAAACAGCAGCAUCAGUGGUGCUACACCAACAUCGAACAAAUCCCAAGAUUCACCAGCUGUGACGGAAUUGAUGGGCGACUUCUCCUGGACUGAUCUUGAUGCUAUUGGAAAUUUCGCCGUCAAUGGCAACGGAGGCGCGGCUAUCAACGAUGCAGACUGGUGGUCAGGCUUUUUGCCGGCAGAUUCGGGGAACUUUUUGUUCGAUCAGCUGAGCAACAUGGAGGACUGGACGAACCUGGGAUUGCAGUAA